AUGGCCCCCAUCAGUGCGGAAACCGACUUCCUUGUCAUUGGCGGCGGCAGCGGCGGCCUGGCGUGUGGUCGCAUGGCUAGCUCCCGCUUUGGCGUAAAGACCAUGAUUGUCGAGGGUAAGAGGCUAGGAGGAACCUGUGUCAACGUCGGUUGUGUGCCCAAGAAGGUGACCUUCAAUGCGGCUGCCAUUGCCGAGACGUUACACCAUGCGAAGGCUUACGGAUUCUCCGUACAAGAGACGGCCCCCUUCGACUGGACGACAUUCAAGCACAAGCGCGAUGCUUACAUCAAGAGGCUAAACGGGAUCUACGAGCGAAACCUCCAAAAGGACGGUGUCGAAUAUGUCCACGGCUGGGCAAAGCUCCUUUCCAAGAACGAAGUUGAAGUUACCACCGACGACGGCGCGAAGUCGGUCGUUCGGGCCAAGAAGAUCCUUCUUGCCAUGGGAGGCCACCCUACACCAGCGCCAUCCAUCCCUGGCGCCGAGUACGGCAUUAACAGUGAUGGCUUCUUCGAUAUCGAGAAGCUCCCCGGCAAAGUCGCCAUUGUCGGUGCCGGCUACAUCGCUGUCGAGUUUGCCGGGAUGUUCCAGUCUCUCGGCACUGAGACUCACCUCUUCAUCCGAUACAAGACCUUCCUCCGCCACUUCGACCCCAUGAUCCAAGAAACUGUGGUGAAGGAGUACGAGCGAAUCGGCGUCAACCUCCACAAGGAAACCCACGUGUCUAGGGUGGAGAAAGACUCUGCUACCGGCAAGCUUACCGUAACUUACAAAGACGCUAGCGGAAAUGAGACCUCCGUGUCGGACGUGGACCACCUCAUCUGGGCCAUUGGCCGGGAUCCCGCGACCCAGGAUGUUGGCCUAGACAAGGCCGGCGUGAACCUGAACGAGGCCGGACAUGUUGUCGUGGACGAGUACGAGAACACCAACGUUGACGGCAUCUACGCUCUCGGCGACGUCACUGGAAAGCUUGAGCUCACUCCCGUCGCCAUCGCCGCUGGCCGCAGGCUCUCGGAGAGGGUAUUCGGCGGAGAGGAGUUCGCUACCACGAAACUCGACUACGAUAACGUCCCCUCCGUCGUCUUCGCCCACCCCGAGGUUGGCAGCGUUGGACUCUCGGAGCCCCAGGCGAUUGAGAAGUACGGAAAGGAGAAUGUCAAGGUGUACAAGACUAGCUUUACCGCCAUGUACUAUGCCAUGAUGGAACCCGAGGACAAGGCGCCCACCAACUACAAACUUGUUGUCGUUGGCCCCGAGGAGAAGGUCGUUGGUCUUCAUAUCAUGGGCUUGGGCAGUGGCGAAAUGCUUCAGGGAUUCGGUGUUGCUAUCAGGAUGGGUGCUACGAAGAAGGACUUUGACCGAUGUGUUGCUAUUCAUCCUACGAGCGCUGAGGAGAUUGUUACCCUUAAAUAG